AUGGCAGAAACCACAGCCUCACCAGGGGCCCAAAUUACACCCACUUCCUCAUCAAGACCCGAACUAGACGAAACCUUCUACACCUGGUCCAACUUCUUCUCCAUCCUAACCGGCACCGCCACCACGAAACAGCGUGACGCCUACUUCACCCACAAAGACACCCUCCACUCCGAAACCGACGUCCGCCGCGCCGAAGCAGACAAAGACUGGCUCUUCAAAUACAGCCCCACCAUCCGCUUCCUCCAACACAACAUCGACCUGCUCUCCUCCAACCCCUCCUCCAACGACCCCUCAGAAGAAAGCGCCACCGCCACCAUCACCCCGACCAACGUCCGCUGCAAAACCUGCCCGACCAAACAAUCCGGCGGCUUCUCCCCCGACCACGGCAUCCUCCUCUGCGCCAACCACCUCCGCACCCGCAGCACGCUCGAAGACACCCUCGCCCACGAAAUGAUCCACGCCUACGACCACCUGCGCUUCAAACUCGACCCUUUCGAUUUGCGACACGCUGCUUGUAUGGAGAUACGGGCGAGUACUUUGUCUGGGGAGUGUAGGUGGACGAGGGAGUUUUUCGGCCGGGGCCAGUGGGGACUGACGAUGCAGUUGCAGGAGUGUGUGAGGCGGAGGGCGGUGUUGAGUGUGAUGGGCAGGCCGGCGUGCGAGGGGGAUCGGGGCAAGGCGGAACGGGUGGUGGAUGAAGUUUGGCGGAGUUGUUUCAGUGACACGAGGCCUUUUGAUGAGAUUUAUCGGUGA